ACAGCACGGCGCGAAACAGCUCGGAUGCGGAUGGAAACGGGGGCGCGCGCGGGGGGGAGGGGCGCUUACGUCACAAAGGAGGUGGUCGUAAAAAGGGAGGACUUGGCUGCUGAGAGGGAGAGAGCGAGCGCGCGAGAGAAAGAGAGAGAGAGAGAGAAAGAGAGAGAGAGAGUCGCGGUGGCAAACAUCUGCAUCCGCAGUGCUCUCCUUCCAUCUCCAUCUUCCUCCUCCUCCGCCGCCGCCGGAUCUGAGCGGAGGCAAAAUGUGAACGUAAUGUCUGUCCAGUGUGUGGAUCGCUCCUUCUAGAUUGCACAUUAGACCCUUCAAGACUUUCGGAACAGAUCACACCAGCUGUCCCUAACCCCUGCUCAUAAUGUUCGUACCUUCUCGCCUUUCUGGGCCCCGCCGGCGACGGCGCUUUGAGGACUAUGAACUUGACGACGUGAUGGAAUCAUGGCCCACCAGACAGAGCAUACGGAAGGAGGACAAAGCCUCUAAGAUCAGAGCUUCUGCUAAUUCCUCGUGCGUAAACCGGGCCAAUAAGGUGGUUAGAGGUCGUACUGACAUUGGCAGUUCCACAGUAGGUGAGACCAGAGCAGCCCAGGGUAAAAACAGCACAGUUCCAUUAAUGGCAAAAUUGAAACCUAAAGCUGUACAUGUGGUACCUGACCCAAGUUCUGUUCUUGACCCAAACUGUAAUGAACCAAGUUUGCCUUGUUUGUGCUGUGAUGGGCAUUCACCUCAAGACAACAACAGCCUGUUCAACCACAACUACAACAACAACAACACCAUUGGCAUUACACAGCAACUUCAGUCAGAACCAGCACAGCAGCACAUUCAGACUGAGACGCAAGAAAAGCCUGAGGACAUGCAGAAAGCUCAACAGACAACUAAAGGCUCACCACCGCAAUCACAGUGCCUGCAAGACACACUGCAGAGAGAGGAAUCAGAAGAAAGUAAAAACAUGGAACGCAAUGAAACCGAUGAAGCAGAAGACAAUGAUAAUAAUGAUGAUGACGAUGAUGACGAUGAUGAGGACACUCUGGUACCUUCUUGCUAUGACUGCCCAGCUUCACUUCUACAGUUCUCACUUUCCUGCUCUACUUCUUCUUCAUCCACCUCCAUCAGUAGCUGCUCAGACUUUGAGUCAGACUGUGCUGACACUGUCUCUCCUUCCUCCCAAGUCUUGUCCUCUGAUCAUUCCCUAACUGCUAACUCUUCAGCCUCAGAGCCAGAAAUCAUCCCCAUGGUUUCCCAACUCCAUCCUCUGCCAUCAUUGCCUCCCUGUUCUCCAGAUGAAGGCUACCCUUCUGCCAGAUCCUCUCCUUCAUCAGAUUUUACAGACCAUAAAGCAGCAUUAAUUGAAGAAGGCACAAAAGUGAAUUUGUUGACCCUUCUGGAAUCAGUGGAAAAGCUGGGCAAAACGGAUCAUUGGAAUCAAAUUAUUCAAGUGGCUCGUUGGGGCAUGGAGGGUGACCUUGGACUGAAGGAUCGACUCAGUCACCUGGAAAGGCUCGAGCUGGUCAAUAAGGAGGUAAAAAUGCUUCAUUUAGAAAGACUUCGUGAAGCUGGUCAAGAUCUAGAUGAAGAGGAUCUUUCUGAUGCCUUGGAGAACAUGGAAGUUUCAUGGAAACUAUACAAGCGAGAUAGUAUCUGUGACUCUCAGGAAUUUUCAGAUGCCGGAGUUGAUUUAACUGUCCCCUCAGAUUUAGACGAGUCCCUGCCCCCAGAUUCACUUGCUCCAUCCCCCUUGCAGCCACCACCUCGGCCCCCAAAGCCACCAGUGAGAAACCCAGAAGCACACACGUACAUAAACAUAAACAACAACAUAUCCAUUCCGGCAUCUGCAUCUUCUGCCACCUCUGAAACAUCUGCUUUUGGCACUGUGUCACCAUCUUCAUCCUCCUCUAAGCCAGAGCAGGCAACUCCAGCACCUCCAGCUCUUCCUCUUCCUUCAUCUCAACCCAUACCAUACUUCACCUUUUACUCAUCUACACCAACCCUUUCUUCACCUCCUCCUCCAAUUCCUCCUCCAAGGAGGCGACACAAGGCUCGAAUGGAGGCGCAGAAGUACGCUGAUCUCCACAAUGAUGCAACGCCGCUGUCCCUUCCCCCUCCCACUUCCCGACCCCCUCCCCUUCCCCCUCCCCCUGCACUUCCGUCCCCUCCUACUAUCCCUCCUCCACCUUCCUUACCUCCACCUCCAUCCUUCCACGCCCUGGAUGCCGAAAUCCGUAAACUCCUCGUUCUGGCCGGGCUCACACAGGCUGAACUUUUAAAACUGAGUCCUGAAUUGGGGGUGUGUGUAACGGGCGUACUGGAGGAAGGCGAUGGAGAAUUAUCUGAAGUAGCGAGGACAGAAGAUGUACAAGAAAGAGAUAAGAGACACGAAGAACAUGGGAGAGAAAGGAAACAGUCAACAGAGGAUGAAUCCAGAGGCGGUGAGAAUGAUGAGACACUGCAACAAAAUAAGGGGUCGGAAGAUGUCUUUGUGAAGUCUGAACAAGACAUACUAAUAGAAGGAAAAGCUGAUGAAGAGAAGAAGGAAACUUUUAGGACAACUUCGUUCACGGAGAUGGCAAGGAGACGUAAGCGCAAUGGCAGCAGCCUGAGCUCUGGCUGUAACUGCGGGUACAGCUUACAUGCGAACUCCAACCCUGAGUCCUACUAUAACACUGUUAAUGUGAAGGCAAACAAUCAUACUUCCUGUUGUAACAAUUAUGAAUAUUCCACAGCUGUCGGUGCAUCGCCUCCUCCUCCUCCGCCUCCUCGACCUUUACCGCCAUGUCCUCCAGAUCUGCCCCAGGCCCCCGUCCUGCCGCCGUUGUCCCUGUGUACCCUCCCUGGAAAUGCCGCUCGGCCAGAACGCUUCGACUGGCUUAUAGCCUUCUCCCCAGAGACAGAAGCACCUCCAGUAGGAGUGGAUAAAUCAGCGAAAAGCAGUCCGCAAAAGAUGAAGGCAGGGUCAAAGGUCACCACUUUCAAAGAGUUGAGAAUUCGAAGCAGACAGAACCCACAACCCGUUCCAUCGCAACCGGAACCUGACCCGACCGUCGUAACUCCUGAUGCGGAUUUCUUGUACAAUCUGAAGUGGAGGAAGGAGAAGACUGACGGUGAUGGCAGCCAGUGGGAAUACAUCCCGGAAGCUCAGUCCACCUUCCUUCACCUGCCGCCAUUCGUUUCGCUUGCCGAUAAGAGGGAAGCAUUGCAGGUGAAUGGUGGGGAUGGCCAGCCGGAGCCCCAGCCUUCACAACGUAUUGGAUGCUCCGCGAGUGAUGGUAACUUGUGGACUGCGGGCUCCAAAGGACUGGGAGAUCGGAGAGGAAAACAGGAAGAGGAAGAGCGUGAGGUGAGGGGAAGAGCAGAUGGAGGAAGGAAAUGGGAAUCGAGGACAACAGCAGUCCGUAGUCUGUCGUUUGCCGGCUCAGCGCAGGGAGACAGGAGCUGGAUGGCACAUGGUACUACGGCGCCUCUCAGAGGUCGCAGGCAGUCUUCUCUGCGUCUGCAGGAAAAGAGAGCUCUCGUCGGCGCGGUCAGCGUUGCGGUGGAGGCGGUGCUGGCCCAGUUCGGCUCCUCUCGAACCCUGGUCCAGAAGUCUCUCUCGGAUGAGGCCCAGUCGGGAGACAGCAACAUCAAUCCGUCUCUUGGGCGCCUGGUGCUGCAGUGCUUGUGUCCCGCCCUCCGGAGCCUGCUGUCUGAUGGCCUCAAGCCCCACCAGAGCGACGUGAUCGCGGGGAGAAGGCCAAAUUCACCCUGGGGUCUGGUACAGGCUUCGACGCGGCCAGGCCCCGGUACGCAAGCGCUUUACAGCCUGCAGUGUCGAGUUGCUGAGCUGCCCCAACUCAAGCAGAGUCGACACAGGUUCAACGCCUUCCUGCUCGGGCUGCUCAACAUAAAGCUCUUAGAUUACUGGCUGUCUCACCUGCAGUCCUGUGAUGAUGUUCUAGCUACGUACUAUCUCCCUACAUCCUUCAUGCGUCUCUCACGGUCACUUUGCCAGCUGCUCUUUGAUGAGCUUCUCCUUCUGCUGCAGCCCCUGUCCCUCCUAACCUUUAACUUAGAUCUUCUGUUCCAACACCACCAUCUUGACCCUGCAUCCCCAGCCACGUCCCCAACUGGUCACGCCCCAGAAACAGCACACCAGGAUGGCGGUUUUAGAAUGUCGCCCAGAGGUUUGAGCUAUGGUGGUAGAUAUCCCCCGGGCAGUGUUUCAGAGCACAGCCUUAGGGCUUUGGAUUCAACUGGAGUCAAUCAGAGGACAAGCCCUUCUACCACAACCAGUAAGGUGAUUGGUGGAGAUGAUGAGCAAACCAGUCGUAACACAUUCGCUGGACAAGUCCCAGCCAGCAAUGGAGAGACAGCCUGUCGCCUACUGUGGGUGCAGGACAAAGACAUUGUGCCCCCAAGUCAAAGCAGCUUCCCUCAGCAGGCUGGUCAGGUUAUACAGCAGGGCUGGGGAGCCGUUUUGCGCUGGGGUGAGCGGCUAGGGCAGAACUGGGGUAAUUCUAUCACAUCCUGGAGAGGGACAUCAGAUGGGUCUAAGCCACACCCUCCCCCACCGGCCCAGGAUGUUUGGUCAGGUGAUUCCCAUGGCAGUCAGACUCAGCCCGACAUCAUCAGUCACCAAGAUCAGAGUGACCUUCCAUCUGGCAGCAGUCUGGUGGUGCCCUGGGGCUUGGGCAGACUUUUUGGGGCUUCCAGGGAACCGAGCAGCGCUCACAUGCGUACGCCUUCAAGCAGGCGCCCGUCUCAGUGGCUGUCCCCUGGGGUCUCGGCGCUCGGCCGCAUCGUGAGCCCCACGCAGAAUCCAGUGCCUGAGGAACAGACUGAGAGCCUUCAAGAGAAAAAUAACAGAGACACAAAGCUCAGGUCGGUCCGGACUCUAUGUGACCACACGGGAACCGGGGCGGAGCUGAGCUUCAAGAAAGGGGAGGAGCUUGUGGUGCUCGGAAGUGUCGACCCUGACUGGGUUCGUUGUCGUCGAGGAGACAGGGAGGGGCUUGUUCCUAUUGGCUACGCCUCCCUAAUUAUUUGACUUUGCCAGCUAAGAUUCUGAUUGGAUGAGUCGCCAGGAAUGGCAAUUGUCUUGAACUAAAGCAGCAUCAUCGUAAAGAAAGGGACAGUAAAAUAGCGAUAUAGUGAUUUGUAUCUGUGCGGCGUCUCGCUCUUCUCUUUCUCGCCAGGUUUGUGUUUAAAAUGUUUCUGCUACUUCUAGUAUUCGACCGAAAAAGAAAUGUAAAACAAAGUGUAUAAAUAUACAUAUCUAUGAAUAAAUACAUAUAUAAAUAUAUCUUAAAUUGGAUAAGAACAACUAAUAAAAAAAAAUAUGACAUGUAAAAUAAGUUGCAGUCAAUUGAUGAGAAGCUCAGAAUUGUAAAAAAAAAAAAAAAAACAAAAAAUCAUUAAUUGUACUCAGUUAUCAUUAGAUGUUCCUGACCGAAAUAUAUAUCUCACUUGUAAUUUGCAUUUUUCCCUUAAAUUGUAUUUACAACUGUUAUGUAGAGUACUGGAAGAGAGUUGUGUAUUGUGUUGGUACUUUGAGUAUCCAAAAGCUUUUAAAGUGAUUUCAGUGUAUUUGGAGCAGGCUACAGUAUAUAUAUCAAUAGCACUAUUCUAAAGAUUCAGCUAUUUAUCGUGAACAUAGCAUAAAAUGUAUCAGAAAUUAUCAGUGUAAAACAUCCCAUAUGAAAUGUAAAACUGUGUAUCCGGCAUAUAUCCUUCAGUAAGUAGGCAUAGCAAUUUGGUUCUGUCCAUUUAUUAGAGAAUCUGAGUUUAUUAGAAGUAGUAGUAGUGCAUUUUUAAGAGUUCCUACGAAAAACAACAAUGUUUUUCAUUUGAAAAAGUGUAUUGAUAAUAGCGUGCAGCAUUUUCACACAUUUACUGCUUUUGACACUAAAUAUCCAUUUCCUCUCAUGAUAGUCUGUCUGUGGAUUCAUAUGCCUUUAUGGAAUAUUGUAAUGUCUUUCAAUACGGCUUGAGUUACGCUAUCGUUUGGCCGGAUUUGGAAAGGGCAUUCGUUUAAGUAGUCGAUGAGAGCCACAAUAACCUUGCUGACAGUCUUCUAAUUAUUGUUAUUCUGUUGUAAUAUGAUUAAGUAGAAUUAACAGUGUGUUGGCUUUUGCUAUGAUUUUGUUGGUUGUAAAUGUAUCAGUUAAAAAAAAUUGGUUGGAAACUAUGUUAAUUGAUAACUAUGCAUAAAAUGUGUGGUGCACACCUGUCCUGUUUGUCUACUAGGAGUGAGGUAGGUUGGUUUCACAGGUGAAACUGCAUGAUGCUGCAUGAGGUGCGGAGCACCUCGGAGAGGCCCAGGGAGCCCCAGGUUACCUGCUGCGGUGCCGGCGAGCCUUCGUAGCGCAGGGUGCGACUUCUCCAAGUACUCAUCCUACGCAGACAUUGGUACAGCUGCAGCGUUCUCAACCUGUUACAAUUUGGGUUUCGCAGUUUACUCUUUUUGGCAGUUUACCUGUGCCUUGUAAUGGGAGCAGGGUAAACCCCAGCUGGCAAAGGUGAGCUGAAGUGAAAACGAAGAAGAAUUCGGGUGGCGUUUUGAGCGAGGUGGUCCCUCUGGCGGGCGUUACCUAUCGGGUGCUCGGACCACUAAAUUCUGGGAAAUUUCGAGGUUUGUUAAGCUACCGAAUGAAGGAACACACAUCUCAGGAAUUUCACGUUUCUGAGACAUGAGCUGAUAUAAGCACUAAUAAAUCGCUGGUUAUUUUAUUUUUGUACUUUUUUUGGACGUUUUUGGAACAUUUUUGUUAAUGUCACAUGACAACGCGUGGUUUAUCGGAGGGCAUUUUUGUUCUUUCUCUCUCUGGAGGACUUUGUGGAAAUGGGCUCCGUAGCCGUGUUUAACCUGAAUGUUCUGCACCGCUCUGUUGUGUUGCCACGUCAGUCUCUGUUCCACUGCUCCCGCAUGUGCUUGUCAAUAAAUACCUAAUAAAACAUAUGCCACA